AUGGGAAUUUGUGCUGCCUCAAAAUAAAAAAAAACAUCUAAUGAUGGUGAACUAUAACUAGUUGUUGCAUAAGUUCGGCUUUCCCAAGAUUGUGAAUCUAUUUUGAAAAAAAGAGCUAGUCAAUCAUCUCAUUUAAAUCCUUUUAAAAAUCCAAUACUAAGUAGAAGACUAAAAGAAAUACCAACUUCACCUUAACCUAUAACUCAAAUUGAAUGA